CGUCCGCGUCUACAGGGUCUCGUCGGGCCCAGCGUCCGCGCCGCGCCGCGCUUCACCCCGCUUUACCUCCGCUCGCCGCCAUGGCAGACCGCUCCAGUGAAGACUCGGCCGGCUCCUACCUGGACCUCGACGUGGCCGCUUCGCAGAUAUUCUUCCAAGAGACGGACGGGGAGCCGAUACUGAUCGAGGAUGAAGGAGAUAUAAUCGUCGCACUCUCCGCCAUGGAUUCUAAGGUGGAGGAGGAAAAGGAAGAGGAUGAGAACGAAGAUGAGGAGGAGGAGGAGGAGGAGGAGGAGGAGGAAGAGACGGAGGAGGAGGAAGAAGAGGAAGAUGAAGAGGACGAUGAGGGUGAAGAAGACACGGAGGAAGAUGAAGAGAAGACAGAAGCUGAAGAGCAGACCGACGACAGCGAAGAACAGGGUGGAGGGAAUGGAGGCGCCAAGAGACAGCCUGCGAGAUGUUACCGUUCUACUUUCGAUCCGCCGAAGAAGGAAGUGAGGGAUUCCAAAUCAUUGUCAGUAAACAUACAGAAAUUUUUGCAGAGAAAGGAAGAAGAAGAAAAGAAGAGAGAAGUAGAAGCUAUGCAAAGGAGGGCUGAACUACUGGCACUACGUUCACAAGAUGGGAAAGCGAAGAAAAGAGUUGCAGCUAUGCUCAAGAGGACAAAAGCGGCAAAUAAGUCUGUUAUAGAUGAUGCAGUUGACAAUGAUAACACAGCUGUGACACUGGGCGGACCAGCGCAGCCAGAUGAAGAUGAUUAUGGUUAUGUAUCUCAGGAAGCCAGUGCAUUCUACGCCAAGCUAAUGGACAAGUAUCAAUCGGCACCACCUGAAGAACCAGCUUUUCCACAAAGAGCACCAAAAGGUGUCAUAAAGGAUUUAAACAGCACAAAGGACAGAGUAAGAAAUGCAUUGCUGAAAGCCGAAGAAGAAGAAAUGAUGCCACACAAGCGAAAGCGAAAAUCUAAGGACAAAGGAGACAAGGAUGAUGAUGGAGACCAGACAAUAAAUUAUUCCUCGAGUGAUAAACGCGAUCUGGGCUCCGACGAGAGAGAAGAUGCGCAGAGGAGGGAAGAACCACAUAGGAGACCGGAAAAUAAACCGCCCAAACCACGAAAACCAAUGCCACCGCCAAUGGAUUUCAAUCAGUUGCUGAAGCUGGCAGAGCAGAAGCAAUUUGAACCUGUGACAAAGCCAGAACCAAAGAGCAAAUCUCAGGAUGAGGAAGAAAUGGGCCGUCCAAUGACAAAGAAGCAGAAGAUGGAGUAUGAGAAAGAGCUGGAGGCCCGCCGCAGGAGGCAGGAGAGGGAUGCAGCACGCCAGAGGGCACUUGAUGAGAGGAUGCGAGGUGCGAAAGGUGGUUCUAAGGGUGUGGGGUCCGCUGGGGAGGGGGGCAGGGCGGCACAGGCCAGAAAUGGCAGGGAGGACUCGGGCUCCGACUCGUCAUCGGGCAGGGGGGCAAGAGACACCGAUAGGAGGGAUGACAGACCCAGAGUGCCAAAAUAUUCCGACAAUGAAAGGAGGGAAGAAAAACCUAGAAUACAAAAGUUUCCGGAGAAUGAAAGGGAAGAAAGGCAGAGGAUACCAAAAUUUUCUCAAAGUGAGAGGGAAGAAAGGCAGAGAGCUUCUAAAUUUUCUGAAAAUGAGCGAGAAGAAAGACUGAAGGUACCAAGAUUUGAGAAUGAUCGGGACGAAAAACAGAGGAUACCAAAAUAUUACGAUAAUGAUCGGGACGAAAAACAGAGGAUACCAAAAUAUUACGAUAAUGAUCGGGACGAAAAACCGAGGAUACCAAAAUAUUACGAUAAUGAUCGGGAAGAAAAACCGAGGAUACCAAAAUAUCACGGAGAUGAUAGGGAAGAAAAGCCAAGGAUACCAAAAUAUCACGGAGAUGAUAGGGAAGAAAAGCCAAGGAUACCGAAAUAUCAUGGCGAUGACAGGGAAGAAAAGCCGAGGAUACCGAAAUAUGGUGAUAACAGGGAAGAAAAGCCGAGGAUGCCAAAAUAUCACGGAGAUGAUAGGGAAGAAAAGCCGAAGAUACCAAAAUAUUAUGAUAGUGAUCGGGAAGAAAGGCCUAGGGUAUCAAAACAUUAUGAAAGUGAUCGGGAAGAAAGGCCUCGAGCAUCAAAACAUUAUGAAAGUGAUCGGGAAGAAAGGCCUCGAGCAUCAAAAUAUUAUGAAACUGAUCGGGAAGAAAGGCCUAGGGCAUCAAAAUAUUAUGAAAAUGAUAGGGAGGAAAGGUUGAGGGUACCAAAAUAUGAAAAUGAUAGGGAAGAAAAGCCGAGGAUACCAAAAUUGUCUGAAAGUGAGAGGAGAAAUGAAAGGCCGAGGAUACCAAAAUUGUCUGAAAGCGAGAGGAGAGAUGAAAAGCCAAGGAUACCUAAAGUAGGUGAAAACGAUAAGAGAGAUGAAAGACCUAGGAUACCUAGAACAACUGAAAGUGAAAGGAGAGACGAUAGACCAAAGAUACCCAAACUAUCUGAAAAUGAUAGGCGCGACGACAAACCCAGGAUACGCAAGUUAUCUGAAGGUGAGCCUAGGGAUGAAAAGCCCAAGAAACCAAAAUUGUCUGACACAGACAGGAGGGACGAAAAGCAGAGAACGGCAAAAUUAUCUGAAAGUGAAAGGAGAGAGGAACGGCUGAAUGGAGGUUACAGAACAAAUGACGGUUCAACUGACAGGUUGGAACCGAAAUCUGGUAACAGACUGAACCACUCGGUGCAAAAUGCUGCCAGUGAUAAGCGUGCAUUACAAGCGAAGGUGGCAAGGCAAGCGGAUACCUACAAACAGGAGAAAGAGCAACAGAAUUUUAAGAGAGACGUAUCACGAAGAUAUGAUAAUUCAGUAGUUUCUCAGCAGAAGCCUUUAAAAUUGUCAGAUCACGAUUCAGAUGUCCGAGGGCCAGCAGAAAAAUCUACGGAGCGUUCUAAAUCUAGUUUUUCACAGCAGAACGUGAGUGCUAAGAGUGGUACAGUGGAAGAGAGGCGGAAUGGCAGUGGUUCUAUAGCGAGAAAUGCCAGUACAUCCUCAUUUGGCAAAAAGCAGCAGGAAACUAAUGAUUCUAGAUUACAGGCAAAGAAGUCUCCUGCAGCGGAUACCAAUAAACUGAAGAAAGCAGACAGUUUCCGUAAAAAUGAUCUCGAUGACCUGUUUGGUGAUUCUGAUCUCCCCGUUAUUAAAUCUGGUGUUCCUAAAGUUGUGAAAAGUCAGCAGAGUGCCUUGAAUGACUCUGAAAGAAGAAAUGGUGAGCAGAAGAUGGUCAACAAGCCACUUUCAUCUCAGAAAACCGGUGUUGGUCCAGGUGGCAACAUGAGCAAAGUGCAGGCUAAGGGCAGCGGCGGAGUCACUCGGCCAGUUUCGAAAGAGCAGCUGGACGCGUUCCGUCAGAGGAAACUGGAUGCGGUUACCAGGGAGAAUCAGCCUGGAAACAGGCAAAGUGGAGGACCCAGUCAGGGUGGCAAGGCCAGACCGGGGCAAGCAAUGUCCACUGAUAAGGCUAAGAAGUUGCCACCCAACGAAGGCAGGCCAAAGCAGUUUCCCCCACCUGACGUUCGAGGACCGAAACAGUUUCCCCCGUCUGACGUCAGAGGACCGAAACAGUUUCCACCUCCUGAUGUUCGGAGGCCGAAACAGUUUCCACCACCGGAUGUUAGGAAGAAGCCCAAGCCAGCUCCAGUAAAGCGGCGUAUAGAAGAUUCUGAUGAUGAAGAUGAAUACGAUUCAGAGCUGGACGACUUCAUAGACGAUGGACCAGAGGAUGGAGAGGAUUACUCUAAACACAUCAGAGAAAUUUUUGGUUACGAUAAAUCGAGGUAUCUUGAUAUAGAUGAUGACGACGAGUGUAUGGAAGCAGAUUUUGCCCAAGUAUUAAAGGAGGAAUUUGUCAGCACAAAAAUAGGUAUACUGGAAGAUCUGGAGGACAUAAAGAAGGAACAAGAAGAAAAAAGAAGGAAAGCCCUGUUAAAGAAGAGAAAAAUUAGAUAGUUCUGUGGGUUUCCACACCGUCUUACCCCAGUGUAAUAUAAGGGAGCAGUGCGAUAGAGAAAUCUAAGUAUAGAUUUUUUAUGAAAUUGUAACUGGGGACCUUUGCAUGUACAAAAGUUUGCUUUGUAAUAUUUUUGAAUCCUUCUGGAUCAUAACCAGUAUGUAUCAUAUGUUUGGCAAGUCACACAAAUUUCCUUCUUGUAUUAAUUUAGUUGCAUUUUUGUUAAUAGUGGUCAACAAAUGUGUCCCAAGUGUAUAAAACAAGCAGCUAAGAGCUCUGGAAGACACUGCCAGAAUGUGUGUGUGUGUGUGUGUGUGUGUGUGUGUGUGUGUGAGAGAGAGAGAGAGAGAGAGAGAGAGAGAGAGAGAGAGAGAGAGAGAGAGAGAGAGAGUACAUAAAUUGGUUUGUAAUAUACUUCCAUUAUAACAGCAUUUGAUUCUAAAUAAAAUUACAUUAGUUGCCUGUAAAUUACAUUUGAUAAUUAUAUAAAAUGUAUCUGUAAAUAUUAAAAGCAAGUAUUAAUAUAGAA